AUGUCGAAACGAUCAGUCUUCACGACUCUGACCCCUCUCCCCGCCGGGAUCUCCAGAGAGACCGUGAUGGAAACCCUCCGGAGCCACACAGAAAUGAUAGACCUGAAUCCCUUGGUCGAGGAGCGCCAUCCUAUCAAACCUCCACCAAAUGCGACUGCUGAAGAGUAUCAUUGCAUCUGGUAUCAACUCACGGAUAAGGUGGCAUAUUUACCUGGCGGGUUGGCUUCCGGGAAGGUUUCAUAUACGUGCUGUUUUCACGAUCUCGAGAAUGGCCUCCAAACACACUGCUAUGCGCCGAUGGGACUCAACAUCAAGGGGAAAUGGACAUUAGGAGGAUCACUACCAGGGGAACCAGUUGCCCCUGUCGAGCUGGGGCUGGGAGCACCCCUCAGUGGCCUUUGGCUGCGAGAAGAUGUGGACAUGAAAUGUAAUUUCAUGAUGACCUCCUUCGUCAAGAAGACCCUCACAAAAGCGCACUCUAAGCUCGUCGAUCGCCUCCUGGUGAAAGCACAAAUCCUCGACGCAUCACUCAAGAACCAAGAGAUA